AUGCGCUGUGAUAUAGAUGCUGCAGAGAUCGAGUCAGCAGAAGCAUGCAAGUGGCUUCGUGCGGCGGGAUUCCCUCAGUAUGCACAGAUGUACGAAGAUGGACAUUUCCCCAUCGACCUGAACAGCGUGCAUAGGGACCACCCGUUCCUGGAUGCCGACUCGCUGAAGUCGCUCUUCCGCCGGCUGCACACGCUCAACAGGAGCGCUGCUAUCAGAGUCGACAAGACCAAGAGCCACGUGUCUGCUGACGACAGUGAGGAGGAGCUGGAGUGCGCGCUCAGCGAGCAGUGGACGUUCCAGGCGCGGUCCCGGCGCUGGUCACGGCUUGAUGACGCAAGCGCGGCGGGGGUGGAUCAGGGUACCCUGCGCGUGUCCAGCCAGAGCUCUGUGCACGACCAGGAGCGCGACCACGACCGCGACGCGUCUCCCGGGUCGUCCGCCGCCGCCUCGGCGGCCGACGCCCCCGCGUCACCCAGCGUGCGCCGCAGCGGCAGUGAACGGCUCAAGGACAGCGCGCGGGCUCUGCUGAAGCGCGUCGACAGCCUGAAGGCGCGCCGCCGCAAGCGCCUGCACCGUGAGGCCGCCGUCGUACAGGGCCCGCAGCUGGAGGUGUCGCUGUCAGACUCGGAGGUCGGUCCGACGAGCUGGCGCGCCCAACAUGACAAGGUGUUGGAGCUGUUGGACGCGGACAGCAAGGGGUCACAGGAUGAAGAUCUCAACAGGCCUUCGGCGAGUGCCAAUCUGCGCGCCCAACUGCGGGGCGGCAGCCUGCGCCACCAGACGCCGGUCCAUCACUCCUUCCACAAGGCCGAAUCAUUCGCCGCAGGGGGCAGCGAAUCCGCACUGUCGGCGUCGCUGGAUAGCCACGAGUCAACGAGCACGUUGGCUGACAGCGACCGCGACGAAGCAGAUGCCUCCCCGCGGCAUAGGUGCGUGCGCUGGCACAGCUUCCGGCGUGCUGGGCUGACUGCGGCUGCAGUGGCCGCGGCGGCGGCGGCUGCUGGCUGGGAGCGCGACGUGGGCGCGCUCUCCGCCGGCCAGAUGCUCGUGCUGCGCAAGCUGGCGCUGCUCAAGCUCACCGCCUGCAUGGAGAAGUACUGCCCCACUCACCGCUCCGGCUGGAACUGGGAGCUCCCCAAGUUCAUCCGCAAGAUCAAGACGCCAGACUACAAAGAUAAGAGUGUGUUUGGAGUUCCACUGGUAGUAUCAGUACAGCGAUCUGGCCAGGCCCUACCUCGCUGUAUCCAGAUUGCCUUGCGCUGGCUUGAAAAUAAUGCCCUUGACCAAGUUGGGUUGUUCCGCAAGUCUGGAGUGCGCUCUCGUAUACAUAAACUGAAGAUCAUGACAGAGACUCAUGGAGACCUUGUCAGCUAUGAAGGCCAACAAGCUUAUGAUGUUGCUGACAUGGUAAAGCAAUAUUUUAGGGAGCUUCCAGAUCCACUAAUGACAAACAAGCUCUCGGAAACAUUCAUAUCAAUCUUCCAGCAUGUAUCAGUGGCAAGCCUCCGUGCUGAAGCUGUACGUUGUGCACUGCUUCUACUGCCAGAUGAACACCGAGAAGCACUACAGGCUCUAUUGUGGCUGUUAUCAUGUGUAGCUCAACAUUCCAGUGUCAAUCAGAUGACUGCCAGCAAUAUUGCAGUAUGCCUUGCUCCCUCCAUUUUUCAACUGCAGCCUGAGCUUGCUGAAAAUCGGGCAGCUCAUGACUGUCUUCUCUACCUUAUCACAGAACACAAACAUCUUUUCACAGUGACAGAUGAAAUGCUCUCCCAGUGUCACUUUAACUAUAUGGAAGAAAGUGUUCCAGUUACAAUGGAGGAGCUAGGCAGUGACAUGCACCAAGACUGGCGAGGGUAUCUUUAUGCUUGCACUACAGCUCUUCUCAAGGAAGCAAGAGACAGAAGUAGAGGCUGGAUUUUUGUACCAUGCACAGCCGAUACCUUAGUGGAAAUGUCAUACAAAAAAGUUGGUGAUGGUCAUCCACUUCGUCUGUGGCGGGUCAGCACAGAAGUUGAAGCACCACCACAGGAGCUGUUACAAAGGGUACUUCGGGAGCGUCAUAUGUGGGAUCAUUCUCUUCUAAAAUGGAGGGUUGCUGCAAAACCUGACACUCGUGGGGAAGUAUUCCAAUAUGUGUGCUCAAGCAUGGCUCCGCUGCCUUCCAAAGAUUAUUGUGUGCUCAGGUCUUGGAGAACAGAUCUCCCUAAAGGAGCAUGCAUAAUAGUUGAAACAUCAGUAGAGCAUGCUGAAGCACCUAUAAUGCCUGGUGCAGUCAGAGGCAUUGUUCUAGCUUCAAGGUACCUAAUUGAACCUUGUGGAUCUGGAAAGUCCCGCAUAAUUCAUCUUUCCAGAGUUGAUACCAAGGGACGUACCCCAGACUGGUACAAUAAAAGCUAUGGACAUAUUUGCGCUAUGUACCUAACCCAUAUUAGGUGUUCAUUCAAACAUAAUAGUGAUGGGCCUGAAAGUAAAGUCUGA